AUGGAAGGGUGGAACAAGAUCUCGUCCAGUCUCAACAGCAUCAACUUUGCCCAAGCUGGCACAAAGUUCACAAAGGGCUUCAGCUCGAGCGUGCAGGCCACCCGAGAGCGUCUCGGACAGGUCUCGCCAGAUGAGAUCACCGAGCUUCCGCAGGAGUACAAGGACCUCGAGGCCCGUGUCGACGCCCUGCGCGCCGCACAUCUCUCCAUGCUCAAGAUAACCAAAGUCUACGAAAGCGAGUCGUACGACUACCCCGUUCAGAUCCAAGAGUCCAUCUCCGAGCUGUCCUCGUCUAUCGGGUACAACAUCACCUCGUUCGCCGCGUCCAACCUCAAGGGCACCAACUUGCCCGUGGCUGCACCCUCCGCGCCGCCCGCCUCGCAGCACAAGACGCUGCCGCACGCGCUCACCCGCGCAGCGCACGCAGCGACAACCGCCGUCACCUCGACUGCCGCAGGCGACUCGGACAAGCUCGGCAAGGCCCUCAACCUGUACGCGAGCGGGUGGGACAAGGUCGCUGCCGCGCGCCUUGACCAGGACACAUCCAUCCAGGAGAACUUCCUCCACCCCUGGCAGACCACGCUGAACUCAUCGCUUGCCGUCGCAAUCAAGGCGAGACAGGCUGUCCGCGUCAGCAGGCUCGAGCUCGAUGCUGCUAAGCAAUCAUUGAAGAAUGCCAGCCCCGCUAAACAAGAGCAAGCUCGCCUUGAAGUCGAGAACGCCGAAGACGAUCUUGUCCAAAAGACCGAAGUCGCCAUCACACUCAUGAAGACCGUCUUGGAAAACCCUGAACCCAUCAAGAACCUCAACGAGCUCGUCAAAGCACAGCUCAUGUACUUCAGCAUCGCCGCCGAAGCACUCUCCUCCGUCCAGGGCGAGAUCGAAGAACUCAGCGUCGCCGCCGAAGGCGAAUACAGGAAGUCCCGGGACCACUGA